AUUUUCCACAUUUGUCGUCAUUUUUUGCGGAAAAUCAGCGGAAAACACAAAGAAAAACAGUCGUGUGAGCGAGACAAAAAACAAAGAGAUCUUUCAUCUCACUUGCACACGUCAUUUUUGAAGAAUUUUUUGACGUCAAAAAUUUUUGCAAAAAGAAAAAAAAUGAUUGAAAUUGCUGCAAAAUUAGUUCGGGAGCAAAUUCCAGUGUUCCUGUGCGGGGAAGUAGUUGAGUGCUUUAUCUCCUUCACCAAUCCCACUCUGCCGGAGCAUAAAAUUGCCCAGAGCAACAAUGACAUCCUGGAGAAUCUUGCCUGGGCCACAGCUCAGGUUCACUGCAUUUGCAAUUCUGUGUUCCAGGAGCGACAAUUGCAGGCUCCAGACUCCUCCAUGGCCAAUGACACAUCCCUUACGGCAGCAAUGCGUGAUCAGGGAGACAUUGUGAUGGCCACGAGUCCAAAAAUUCUCUUCUGUGACCUUCGUCUUGCGCCUGGAGAAACAAAAUCGUAUCUCUACAGAGAAUCCCUUCCCAUGUCGUGCCCACCAACGUACAAGGGAACAGCAAUAAAGUACUACUACAAGAUCACAAUUGCAACCCAGAGAUUGGGGUCAAAAGUUCAAGCUCUCCGGAUACCAAUCAGGGUACUUCCCAUGCCCACAGUAAUUCGUCCGGAUGAUGUACCGGCGCUCUGCAAUGAAACAAAUGAGGAGCUGGCUCCUACAAAUCCCUUCCUUGAGACCAGGAAGACGGAAUCAAAGCUGGAGAUUGCCCUGCAUCAUCUGCAGAAUAUCACAGCACGUCGCCGUCCAAACUUCUACUUGAUAUCCAACAAACGCGGCACUGUGGGGCGUUUUUGUCUCUUCAAGCCAGCCUACAAGCUUGGGGAGGAUAUUGUGGGUACUUUGGACUUUACCUGCCGCACUGUGCGAUGCGUCCAAGUCUCUGUGACACUGCAAUGCGAGGAAGUUCUCUUGAAGAAGACUCCUCCAGCUCAGCAGGGAGCUCAAGCAGACCCCGAAGCAUCCGCUCCGUCGGGAAAAAUCAUGACCUUCACGAAGCACCACGAAGUUUGCUUGGGACUCAAGCAAACACAGAUGAUCCUGCCCAUUCCACUCCAUGUAACCCCGACUUUCUCAACGGAACUCGUGGACAUUCGAUGGCAGCUGCACUUUGAGUUUGUUACGAGUGCCAGUGAGGAAUUGAAGCCAACUGAGGGGGAGAAUUGGCAGGCUCCCACAGAUAUUAUGAUUGAGACGAUGAUUUGGAAUCUACCGGUGACACUGUACCCAACAACUCCGCAGCAGAUCCUUCAGCAUUCCGGCAAACAUACUCUUCUUAUUAAAUAAAACUCACUUAAUCAAUUGUUAA